GUUUCAAUAGUACGCGUACCGCUAGCACACGGCGCGGAUCCGUCUGCGCGAAUUUUAAUUCCAUUAAAUGCAAUGAUCAUUUUUUUCAAAUAGUCGAGAGAAUGGACAGACGAAACUCUGAUCAGAUGCAAUAAAUUUUAUUUACUCACAAAGAAAUAAGAAAAAGCACGUUAAUUAUUUAUCCAAUAAAAAAUACAAUUUUUUGUAAUUAUUGAACCGAUCUAAUUGCUUUCUGCUGAAUCUGAAAAGUGAAAAAGUUUUUUCCAUGGAGCAUUGUUGUUUCAAGUUUUCAACGGCUGAGUGGGUGAAAAAAAAAUGAAUGCGAUUGUUCGACCGGUAAUUGAUGGUAUUAUGUAGGUCGGGGAUUCUCAAGUGCUGAGCUAAUACCUCCGAAUCACUCGGUCGGUCAAUCACGUGGUGAUUUUAAUUACCAUUCACUACUGUUUCUCUUUGCAAAAAAAAACGGUUACUCCGAUUUGAAAGUUUUCUGUUAUAACAGAGAAAAAAAAUCACAGUGGUAAUUUGUGCGGAGAAAUGCUAUAAAUUAUCUCGAUUUUCAUAUCCUCAAUCUAGGGUUCGGCGCGACCCAUUGAAGAAUCAUGAUGUCCCGUCAGAACAGCUCGUCCGUCACCCCUUUUGUGUAUGAAGGAGCCAUUGAAUUGACCCUUAGUGUCUACGAGUCACAGCCAAUGGUCAGGGCGACCCACUGCAGUUCCUUGGAUGCGUAACGAGAUGUACGAGGUGCGGUCUGAUGUUGGCUGACUGAGUCGUCGAACAUCCGACGACUGAGUAUGUCGUCGGGUCACACCGGAUACCGCCUUGCUAGUUUCCUCCUGUCAUUUCCCACUGUGGCCCUACGUUUUCUCUCUGCGUCACACUGUCUCCUAACUCUGAUUGUCGUACUCGAAUUGGGGCUCAUCUGCGCUAAUGAUUAUUCGAUCAAGCCAAAGCUCACGCGUGAAAAUGGAACGGCGAGUGUGGUCACAGUCAAGUGGAGGAGAACGAGUAGAAGAGCCUCCUCUUCACUCCUCGGGACGAGGGACGGAGAGAAUAUCACGGAGAGAGUUACUGAGUCCUACUGCGAUUCGAACGAUUGCAUAGAGAAGAAUGAAAUCAAAUACUUGAAUCAGACAAUUGGACUUUUGUUGGAAAAUAAUGAGAAUGUGUCGAUGACAAGCUCGUCAGUUUCAACUGCACCUGAUGAUCCAGCCGAGGGUUCAAGCGGUGAUGUGUUUCACCGGAAGUCACAGCACGGGGGGAUGGGUAAAGGACAAGAGUUUGCAACAGCUGAUGGAGAACUAGAGGCGGUUGAGGAUCUUGUUAGUUUGAGUUCUAGCACGGUGACACCGAAAACGUGGGAUAAGGUGGACGUGACGAUUCUGGGGCUCUUCGAGUUGACACAGGGCACUGAGGCUAGACCCGAGGGACCCAGCGAGCUACAGGCUGCCAAGUUUGCCAUCGAUCGGAUCAACGAGAUGGACAUUCUACCGAGAUUUAGGGUGAAAUUGUUACGUAAUGAUACCAGGUGUGACCCAGGUGUGGGUGUGGAUCGUUUCUUCCACGCUCUGUACACAGCCAAGCCACGGACAAUAAUGCCAUUCUUACUCGGCACCGCGUGUUCUGAAGUCAGUGAAACCCUAGCGAAAAUCGUGCCCUAUUGGAAUAUCGUGCAGGUGUCAUUUGGCUCAACAGCUCCUGCCUUAUCCGAUCAAUCCGAGUUUCCGCUCUUCAUAAGAACAGUUGCACCGGAUUCGAGUCACAAUCCAGCGCGAAUUGCUCUCAUAAAGCAUUUCGGAUGGGAUACUGUGACGACCCUCUCACAAAAUGGUGACAUGUAUUCCCUGGCUGUUAACGAUCUCGUAACUGAAUUAGAACGGGCCAAUAUCACCUGUACGGCAACCAUAACAUUUAGUGAGAAUGACUAUAGGGAACAGCUGGCAACUCUCAAGGAUCUUGACACUCGCAUCAUCAUAGGAAGUUUCUCGCCAAAAUUAGCACCUAGAGUGUUUUGCGAAGCUUGGAAACUUGGUAUGCACGGUGGAGAUUAUGCCUGGAUCCUUCCGGGUGAGACCAUCGACCUUUCCGGCAUGACUGGCGAUUGGUGGCACACACAGGGAGGAAACGAUUGUUCAUCAGCUCAACUCACCCAGACUCUGGAUGGCGUUAUCAUUGUCAAGAGUCAUGGAACUGUUCUUCCCGAGGAAACUAGCUCGUCUGGCUUGACGAGCAUUGAAUUCGCCUCGGAGCUCGCAAAAAGGGGUGUAACACUUUCACGAUUUGCCGCCCAAACGUACGAUGCAGUUUGGGCGAUGGGGAUGGCAUUGUCAACAGUCGAGACACUUUUAAAUCAACGUAACACGAGUAUCGCUGAGUAUACACAUUCGAGACGUGACAUAGCGUAUGACCUCCAUGCCGAGCUGAAGAAUUUGAAUUUCCUCGGUGUUUCGGGUCCUGUGUCGUUCGAUGGAGCUGAUCGAGUGGGAAUAACCGCCUUCUAUCAGAUGCACGGUCAUGCAGUUAGAAGAAUUGCUAUUUACACACCGGAAGAUGGUAUAUUGACGCUUGAUUGUCCUGGAUGCGCGAAUGUCAGAUGGCCAGGGGGUCAUCCACCAGUGGCACGACGGGUUUUCAGAAUCCGAAUGGUAACAAUCGAUCCAGCGGCAUUUCUAGCAGUGGCGUGCCUCGCCAGUAUAGGAAUGACCCUAGCCCUCUCAUUCCUCGCAUUCAAUCUUCAUUUCCGUCGGCACAAGAGUAUAAAACUCUCGAGUCCUCGGCUGAAUAAUAUGGCAGCAGUCGGCUGCGCUCUGGUUUAUGGGGCCGUAAUCCUUCUCGGGCUGGAUCAUGCGACCCUACCAAACAACUAUUUUCCAACGAUAUGCACAGCGCGUGUCUAUCUACUCUCGGCGGGAUUUUCUCUCGCCUUUGGAUCCAUGUUCACCAAGACUUACCGAGUUCAUCGGAUUUUUACUAGAAGUCGAAGUGGUGUCGUUAAAAAUAAGUUACUUCAGGAUACUCAACUCAUUAGUUUGAUUUUCGUUCUUCUACUAAUUGAUGGGCUAAUAGUGACCCUGUGGGUGACACUGGAUCCGAUGGAGCGAUACUUGCGGAAUCUCACGUUGGAAAUAAAUCCACAGGAUCGUGGGGUCGUCUAUCAACCCCAGGUUGAAGUGUGUCGAUCUCAACACACCAAUGGCUGGCUGGCAUCCCUUUACGCUUACAAAGGUUUGCUAUUGGUUGUGGGGGUGUACAUGGCCUGGGAAACGAGACACGUGAAAAUCCCAGCGCUCAAUGACUCUCAAUACAUCGGCAUGAGCGUCUACUCUGUAGUUAUAACAUCUGGAAUAGUCGUUGUAUUAGCUAAUUUAAUGUCUGAUCGUGCGACCCUCGCUUUCGUGACAAUCACAGCCCUCAUACUGGCGUCUACAACAGCGACACUGGCACUCCUCUUUCUCCCCCAACUGGCGCAUAUACUCGGGGGUGAACGGGCCGAUCCGGUUGUUCAGAGUCUAGGACUCAAGAUCGAGUGCAAUACCAGGAGAUUCGUCCAGGACGAUCGCAGAGAACUCCAGUACAGAGUUGAAGUACAGAAUCGUGUUUACCGUCGUGAGAUGGCACAGUUAGAGUUCGAAUUAGCAAGGCUGGAGAAACAAUUGGGCCAAGAGCCAAUUGAUCCUUCGCAUGCAUCAUCCAGCGCAUCGAUUCCCCAGCGAAAUCCAAGUAUCGGUGGUGGAUUACCGCUAUUGUUGUUGAGUGUUUUACCACCUGUUAUUCCACGGGCUAGCUGGCCAUCCGCCAAUUCUUCUGGCAUGCGUCGAGGAACUGUAGCGUUUAGCAGUCAGCCAGAUCUAGAGCCAAACGGUGCUCGUAGCAGUCUGGCUGACAUCUACAAACUUCAGUGGAGACGAGAGACCGAGGGACCGAAUCGCUUGGGGGUCUUCCAGCGUCUUUUCAGCCUCUUCGGGAGUCGUCCCAGCAGUCGGAAAACUUCCACGGCUUCCAUCACUGGUGUUGCUUCAGCUCUCAAGGUUCACAUGGGAUACAUAGCUGGGCUGGUGCCAGGCACCAAGGCUUCUUCCACUUGCCAAAUGAAUGUACCCCAGGGAAUGCGCCCGCCACAUCCAAGAUGCGGUUCCGGCCCUAUCAUCAAUAUAACUAGUGACGAGGAUAGGAGACUGAGUCUUGGAUUGAGGAGAAAAGAGAGCAGUGAGCCACGGGUCAACUUUAGUCUACCAAUGAAAACGAGCUCUGAAAAUUCAUCUCGCGAGAGGAUAAAAGGUUCACCCCGCUUUCCACAUCGCAUAAUGCCAGCAAAUAGCUUAGGAACGAUUCCACUUGGCACAGAUGGAUCUAUGGAACACCGUUGGCAUUCAAUGGACGAUUCAUCACGCUCUAAAGUUACAAAUGCACCGCUUCGGAAUACCACUGGCCCUUGCGCACCAAAUUACGACGUAUGGGCAACACACGAAGUUGGAAUUCCCUUGAGUGAAUUAGCAAACAGUAUUCGCGGUAAACGCCAGCCGGAAACACGACAAUCACUGGUCAUUCCAGCUGAUUCCAACGUCAGUCCUGAUGACAUUUUACUUGGCAAUGAUCUCAGGAAACUCUUCAGGGAGGCUGGAUCAUCCUUGACACUAACUGACGAUAAUAAUGCCGAUGUGGAAUUGCAGAUUAUUGAAUCGAUAAACUUGCCAUUGAGAGAAAUCAAGAGGAGUGAGUCAACGCAUUUUGUUAUUGAAGGGGGCGAAGUGUUUCAACAACUUUUUGUUGACGGUUCGACAACUAAUAGUGAACAGACAGAAUCUUCACGUAAUAUUAAUGAUAAGGAGCUUCUGAAGGCAGAAGAUUCUGCUGAGUUGUGUGAAGGCGAGGGCGUCAGCGAUAUUACGUAAAAGUAUUGACGCUGUCAGUUUUUGUGCCAAAAAUUGAAGAAGAAAAAUCAAAAUGAAAGAGAAAAAGAAAUGGAAAAGGCUUCACAAUGCUUUGGGACUCUCCUGGGACCAAAUAUUUUCCCCAAGAUGUGAAUGUGGAAGGAGUGGUUUCGAGUGGGAAUAGAAUUGACAUUCAUAGCUCACAAAUGGCUACUUUAUGAUAAUCUAGUUACGUUGAAUGCCCCGAAUCCUUAGUACCUGCUGAACAACUAAAUCAUCAAACUAUUAGUAAUGUUUCGAUGGUAUAUUGAGGGGGAGAAUAGAACAGAGAAUUUCUAUGAGUCAUUCCAAUCAAUAUAUCAUUUUGUUUUUUUCAUUUUCUUUUUCUUCAUAUGAGGUAAAAUGUGUAGACAAAAUACAAUUAAAUAGAAUUGAUGAGAUACAAAUAUUUUUUCGUGUUAUGAAAGAUUGUACCACCAAUGUUCUUUCGUAAUAAGACACGUCCUUCGGUGUGUACAAAUAGAUGUUGAAAAACAAAUGAAUAAUGACAUUCAAAUAUUCAACAAUAAUCAAGCCGUAUCAGUGCUAUGGAAGCAACAAAUAUAUAUUGAUAAACAUUGUUUGAGAAGGAUGUACGAUGGAGAUUUAUGUAAUCCAUGUUCUCAUUACCGUUUAUGUUAUUUCAAAGGAAAAAUAUGAAUAAUGCUCAUUUGUUAUGAUGUAUUUUUAUUUAUGAAUAAUCCGUUCUCUGUAUAAUCAUAUCUUCUUUAUAUGACAGUAUCAUAUCACUAUAAAAAUCUUUCACGAUAUUUACACUGCUCACGUUUCUACAAUGGAAAGAUAUAUGAUUUCAAUUUGAUACCUUUCAUUUAGAUAUUUUUAGUGCUGACUAUGUACAGCGGAAUCUUUGGGUUUGUAUAGUAAUUUAGAUUCACCUUCAAUUAGAAAUGGAAAUAAAAGAAAAAAUGAAAAAUGUGAAAUUCAACUCCUAAUCUUUGUGACUUAAUGAUCUAUGUCCUUCUGCAAGCAUGUGGGAUAUAAAAAGCAUUUUGUUGGAUAUCCGGUCCUUAACUUUAUUUUUUUUCUUAUGAAUGAGCUGAUUGUACAAAAUGGAAGGAAAUAAGGAGUUAUAAAGUGUCAGGAUUUCCCCCUGGAGUUUUGGAGUUGAUAAUACUCGUUAGAUUUAUAACAACAGCAGUCCGAAGCGAUCGAGGACUAGACGGAUUGGAAACUAAAUAAAAUUUGAUCUCGAAGAAACUUGUCACCCCGAUUCCAACCAAAUCGUUAAUUUUCCCAGAGGAAAACUGAGAAAAAUAAAAAACUA